AUGGCGGAGCCUCUCUUCACAAAGGCCAGCCAGCAGGUCCCUUUCCAGAAGACCCUCACGACCGCAUCCUCGCCCAGUCUACCUCUACCCACGUCGGACAACAUUGUUGCGUGGGAUAUUCGCAGUUCUUUUGCUUUGUUUUUUGACCCCAGUGCUCUUGCCGCUCUACCUUCAGUCGUCUUGAUCUUCCUGGCUCUCCCGCGAAUAUACUCCUUGCACAAGCAAGAUAUCAAAACAACGCCGCACCCAUCCCGGAUUCUGAAGCUUUCUCUCUCCAUCGCGCUGGCUUCGGUCGAAGUCACGUCGCUGAUUAUAUGGAUUCUCUGUUCUCCGUCACAGACAGCAGCCUCUAUAUCAAUUGGUGUUUUCCGUGUCCUCGCCGCGGUCCUGAUUGUUGUUCUUUCCCAAUAUGAACACAACCGUUCGGUGCGGCCUUCGUCGAUACUCAUCGUAUAUCUUUUGUCUUUUCCUCUCGAUAUCCUUGCGGCGAGGAAUCUAUAUCUCCAAGGAGGUCGACUACCCAUUGCCUCGGUGCUCUCAGCUACAGCCGGUGUCAAAUUUGCCCUUUGGCUGGUAGAAACAGGCGAGAAGCAGACGUACUUAGAAGCUAAAUAUCAAAAUCUCCCACCGGAAUCAGUCAGCGGUAUCAUCAGCCGGAGCUUCUUAUGGUGGCUCAAUCUGCUCUUUGCCGAAGGGUCGCGGAAAGUCUUACAGGUCCAGAAUUUGUUCGCUCUCGAUGAUGACCUUGCUGCCGAGAAUCUGGGGGCGAAUCUCCAAAACGCAUGGGACAUUCGUGCAAAACCGGAGGGCCGAUUUGCAUUUAUAAGAGCUUUGUGUCGAAGUCUAGGUCCAGCUUAUGCAGAAGUUAUUUUCCCACGCUUGUGUCUCAUUGUGUUCACAUUCGCACAGCCAUUUCUCAUCACCCAGGUCUUGGAGUUCCUGAAAAUCGAGGAUGACGAAGGCAGUAGGCAAAAAGGGUAUUAUCUGGUUGCAGCAACAGGACUAAUAUACCUUGGAAUUGCGGUCUCAUCAUUACAUAGCAACCAUAACUUGUUUCGAUUUAUCACCAUGUUUCGAGGAGCUGCUGUAUCCCUUGUCUAUAAUCGAACACUCUCCAUCCAGGAAGGCGAAUGUGACGAAUCAGAAGCAGUGACUCUGAUGAGCACAGACGUAGACAGGAUCUCAUUUUGUCUUGAGGAGCUGAACGAGUGCUGGUCACGGCUAAUUGAAAUUGGGAUCGGGAUUGCUUUACUAACUCGGCAACUCGGCUGGGUCUCAGUAAUUCCUUUAGUUGUAUGUGUUUUAUCAACUGCUGGGUCUUCCGUAAUCACAAGCAUAAUUGGAGAUCGCCAGCGUGUUUGGGUAGACGCUACGCAGCGACGUGUUGCGAUUACGGGUUCAACGCUCAACCAAAUGAAAAGCGUGAAAAUGAUGGGUCUCGAGGGCGUUAUGACUGAUAUCCUGAAAGACCAAAGAGUAAAAGAAACGAAACUAUCGGAGAAGUUUGCAUGGGUGAUGGUAUGGAUGAAUGUCAUAGCCAAUAUUCCAAUGGUCUUAUGUCCAGCAGCCACCUUUGCCGUGUAUGCAAUCCAAGCAACGUUAAGAGGAUCUGAAUCUCUGGAUACCACCAAAGCAUUUACCAGUCUUGCACUCAUCAUGCUGGUUUCUCACCCUUGCUCUAGACUGCUUUGCGCAGUGCCAAAUACGGCCGCUAGUAUUGGAUGCUUUGAUCGGAUCCAAAAGUUCCUACUGGCCAAGUCGAAUAAUGAUCAGAGGAUCCUCGUUCAAAAUACUGAAAACAGAACCAAAGCAAAUGGCUACGGGCAAGUGGAUGUUCCUCAGGGUUCAGAUUCCGAGGACGCCAUAGAUAAUAAAACCUGCAAUCUUGGUCAAGAUACCAUGAUACUUCUAGAGGACGUAACCGUAAGGUUCCGCGACGCAAGACCCGUUCUAAACGGUGUAAAUUUAAGGAUUCAAAAAGGGACUCUUACAAUUAUCACCGGGGUAAUUGGUACUGGAAAAACCACUCUCUUGAAAGCAAUUUUGGGUGCGAUAGAGUGCGAACAAGGAAGGGUUCUAGUUGGAACGAAACGCAUGGCAUACUGUUCCCAAACACCCUGGCUUCCAAACGGGACCAUUCGACAAGCGAUCUGCGGAUACCAUGAACAUCAAUCUAUUGACGAGACCUGGUAUAAGACAGUAAUCGAAGCCUGUGCUCUUGAUUAUGAUAUUUCGACCCUCCCGAAUGGAGAUCAGACUGUCCAUGGAAGUAGGGGAGUGACACUGAGCGGUGGCCAGAAACAACGUGUUGCACUUGCACGGGCUCUUUAUUUUCGACCUGAAGUCUUUAUCUUAGAUGAUAUAUUCAGUGGGUUAGAUAAACGGACUGCGAAAGCCGUUGUUGACCAUCUCUGCAAGAGCGGAGGGCUAUUCGAGAAGCUGGGGUCUACUGUUGUUUUGGCAACGCACGCUAUAGGGUAUCUUUCGCGAGCUGAUCAAGUAGUUGUUACUGACAAUAGUGGUAAACUUCAUCAUGGCACAUACGAAGAAAUGAAGCAGGCAGGUCUUAUAAGUAUGGACAUAAUUGACGAAACUGUUUCAAGUGGAAUACCAUCUGAAAAGAAAGUAGAGGAUCUCGAAUCAAGACUCUCAGAAAUUACGGCAAAUGACGAAGAACAGGAUUUGACCCGACAGACUGGAGAUCUAACUGUGUACAGUUAUUAUUUCAAAUCUGUUGGCUUCUGGAAAAUGCUUACCUUUGUAUUUUUCUGCUUCCUGAAUGUUUUUUCUAGUAGUUUCAGCCAUAUAUGGUUAAAAUGGUGGACUGAAAUCGGUGGACGCCAAAUUGGUUUAUAUAUCAGCGUUUACUUCGUACUUGCAGCUGGAUAUAUCUUGGGCUUCGGUGGUUAUGCAUGGACAAUAUCAGUUGUGAUCGGUCCAUCUACCGGCCGUAGUCUUCACCAGGUCCUUCUAAACACUGUCAUGCGAGCUCCACAAUCAUUCUUUACAGAGACCGAAGUUGGCACGAUCCUCAAUAGGUUCAGCCAAGACAUGAGCUUGAUCGAAGGACAGCUUUCCUUCGGCGUUCUCGCAACAGUUUCCAAUCUGUUUUCCUCGCUCGCCGAAGCUGCAUUAGUAGCGACUGGAUCUUACUAUAUGAUCAUAAGCAUCCCAUUCAUCAUGCUCGCAGUUUUUUUCAUACAACGCGUCUACCUACGCACCUCACGACAGCUCCGAUUUCUCGAUCUCGAAACCAGAAGCCCCGUAUAUUCACACUUUCUUGAAACACUAGAAGGUAUUGUGACCAUCAGGGCUUUUGAUUGGCAACAAGAAGCGGCCAAGGAAAAUAUCCGUCGUUUGGAUGACUCCCAGAAACCAUAUUACCUACUAUAUUGCAUUCAGAGAUGGCUGGCACUUGCCCUUGAUCUCAUGAGUGCUGGGAUGGCUGUUAUUGUUGUAGCAUUGGCAACAAGCUUGAGGCACACUACAAGUCCAGGAUUCCUUGGUGUCUCGAUGAAUAACGUUCUUUCUUUCAAUUUGAGUGUCAGCGCAUUUGUUAGUGGGUGGACAGUACUUGAGACUUCUCUUGGGGCUAUUGCCAGACUGCGAAACUUCGAGGCCAACACUAAAGUGGAAGCACAAGAAGGCGAAGAUACUGAACCACCUAUUGAUUGGCCCUCCAAAGGACUUGUUGAAAUCAAAAACGUCACUGCAGCUUACAACUCCUCCAGUGCUGCUCUCCAAGAUAUUUCCUUGACUAUCCUCCCCGGGCAAAAUGUAGGCAUCUGUGGUCGAACAGGAAGCGGGAAGAGCACUCUAUUUUCUGUCCUCCUCCGACUCCUGGAUCUGUCUUCCGGAACCAUCAGAAUCGACUCCCUCGAUCUUUCCACCCUCCACCGCACUUCAAUCCGUCGACACCUUACCGCUAUUCCUCAAGAUCCCCUCCACCUGAUCGGCACAGUUCGCUUGAACAUCGAUCCCUUCUCCAUCGCCACCGACAGCGAAAUCAUCGCCGCCCUUGAAAGGGUCGGUCUCUGGAGCAUCCUCUCCUCGCGUGGCGGUCUUACCGCCGAAAUAGUCCCUGACUCACUAUCUAGAGGCCAGCAGCAGCUCUUAGCGCUGGCAAGAGCAUUGUUACAUAAAAGUAAGAUUGUACUGUUGGAUGAGGCGACUAGCAGUGUAGAUAAGGAGACGGAGGAGACCCUGAGGAAGGUUAUGAAGGAGGACUUUAGCGAUUGUACUAUUAUUAGUAUUGCGCAUCGGUUGGAGACAAUCAUGGACUACGAUGUCGUGGCGGUCAUGAAUAAGGGGAGGAUGGUAGAGUUUGGACGCCCUGCGGAGUUGAUGGCAGCUGAGAAAUCAGCAUUCAGCUUGCUGUGGAAGGGAGCUGGUGAUGUGUCUUUGGAGUAAGUCAAUAGGUCUAAGGUUAUCGAGAUAUUUAGAAAUCCAAGAUGAUAGACUCGGGAAGAGCGGUGAGG